CCUCUGCCUGCGCAUGCUCCUGCCCGCCUGCCCAACGACAAACUAAUCUUUACUUUAACUCUGCUCCUAUCACGAUAGGACGCCCGAUCCCGCCGCCAUACUCCGCCCCACCAGACUCCUCUUCACCAUGGCUGCAUCCCUCGACUCUCGCGCGCGGCUGGGGGCCCUUCGCGAGCUCAUGCGCGAGCGCAACAUUGGCGUCUAUGUCGUCCCGACCGAGGAUGCGCACGCAUCCGAGUACAUCGCCCCUUGCGACGCCCGCCGCGCAUGGCUCACCGGCUUCACCGGCUCGGCCGGCACCGCCGUCGUCACGCAGACCGAGGCGCUCUGCUGGACUGACGGCCGCUACUUUCUCCAGGCUGGAAAGGAGCUCUCAGACGACUGGACGCUCAUGAAGAGCGGUAUCGCCGACACGCCCACCUGGCAGGCGUGGCUCAAGGAGCUCGGCCCCACGACGCGCAUUGGCGUCGACCCGAGCGUCGUGUCCCAGAACGAGGCUGGCCCGCUGGGCAAGUCGCUCGCCGAGGUCAAGGCCCGCGAGCUCGUGCCCAUCAAGGAGAACCUCGUCGACCUCAUCUGGGCUGACCGCCCUGAGCGCCCGGCGCAGCCCAUCUUCCAGCUGCACGACGAGUUUGCCGGCGACUCGGUCGCGCACAAGCUCAGCAACCUGCGGGACAAGCUUACGCGGGCCGGCUCGCCCGGCAUCGUCGUGACGGCGCUUGACGAGGUCGCGUGGCUGUUCAACCUGCGCGGUAGCGACAUCCCCUACAACCCCGUCUUCUUCGCGUACGCCAUUGUGACGCAGCACGACGCGACGCUGUUCGCCAACCCCGCGUCCGUGCCCCAGGAGGUCCGCGACUACCUGCACGCGAACAAUGUCGUCGUGCUCGAGUACAGCCAGGUGUGGCAGUCGCUCGACAGCUGGCGCGAGCUGCUGACGGCCGAGCGCGCCAAGGCGGACGCGGCCAAGGCUGCGGCCGAGGCGAGCGCCGAGAACGGCGUCGUCGAGGAGCCGACCAAGAAGGUCGCUCCUGCCGAGCCCAAGGCGGAGGACAAGUCCGAGGCGCCCAAGGAGAAGGUCGCCAAGACGGACAAAGUGCUCGUCGGCACCAAUGCCAGCUGGGCGGUCGCCAACGCGCUCGGCGACGAGUUUGAGGUGCGCCGCUCGUACGUCACCGACGCCAAGGCGCGCAAGAACGCGACCGAGAUUGAGGGCUUCCGCCAGUGCCACAUCCGCGACGGCGCCGCACUCGUGCGCUACUUUGCCUGGCUCGAGGAGGUGCUCAACAAGGGCGAGACGUGGAACGAGUUUGACGUCGCGACGCAGCUCGAGAACUUUAGGAAGGAGGGCAAGAACUUCAAGGGAUUGUCGUUUGACACCAUCUCGUCGACUGGCGCCAACGCCGCUGUUAUCCACUACAGCCCCGACGAGAAGACCAGCGCCGUGGUUGACAUUAACCAGAUCUACCUGUGCGACUCGGGAGGACAGUACCUUGAUGGCACGACCGACACGACGCGCACGCUGCACUUUGGCACGCCGACGGCCGAGGAGAAGCGCAGCUUUACCCGUGUGCUCCAAGGCCACAUUGCGCUCGACUCGAUCAUCUUCCCGACCGGCACGACGGGCUACACGCUCGACACUGUCGCGCGCCGGCCGCUGUGGGCCGACGGGCUCGACUACCGCCACGGCACCGGCCACGGCGUGGGCCACUUCCUCAACGUACACGAGGGCCCGCAGGGUAUCGGACCCCGCUCAAACUACCUCAACGUCGCGCUCGCCGAGGGCAUGGUCGUGUCCAACGAGCCAGGCUACUACGAGGACGGCAAGUACGGUAUCCGUAUCGAGAGCGUCGUGGCCGUGCGCAACGCGCAGACACCCAACAACUUUGGCGGCAAGGGCUUCUUGGAGUUUGAGAACUUCACCGUCGUGCCCAUCCAGACAAAGCUCAUCGACCAGUCGCUCAUCUCGCCCGACGAGCGCAAGUGGAUCAACGCGUACCACGAGGAGGUGCUGUCCAAGGUGCAGCCCGAGCUCGAGGCGUACGGCGACGAGCGCGCGCUGGCGUGGCUCAAGCGCGAGACGGUGGCGAUCUAGGUGGGGUGUGAUGCCAAGGUGUAGGUGGUAGUAGCAAAACAUGUAUUGGUCUAUGUGUCUAUGUGGUAGGCGUGUCGACGGCGUGUCGUCUUGGCCAGGUCUCGUCGUCGUCGCCUCUC